CCGCCCGGGGCCUGUGUGGGGAAGGAGCCGCGCGGCCGGGGCCGGGGCCUGGGCCUGGGCCUGGGCAGGGGGAGCGGCGGCGGCGCCUGACACCGCCCGGCGGCGCCAUGUCGGCCCCCCCGAGGAGCUACAACCCCUUCGCCGAGGAGGAUGAGGAGGUUGCGGAGGAGGAGGCGGGCGGCGCCGAGCGGCAGCGCUACCUGCAGCGGGAGGUCCUGCGGCGCUCCGCCGCCACCGCCGACAGCACCGCCCGCUCCCUGUCGCUCCUCUACGAGUCGGAGCGGAUCGGCGUGGCCGCCUCCGAGGAGCUUGUACGUCAAGGAGAGUCACUGAAGCGCACAGAACAGAUGGUAGAUAAAAUGGACCAGGACUUGAAGACCAGUCAAAGACACAUAAAUAGCAUUAAGAGUGUUUUUGGGGGCCUGGUUAACUACUUCAAACCCAAACCUCCAGAGAGCAAGCCAGAGCAGAAUGGCACUCCUGAAUAUUAUGCUAACAGUAGAUUAAAAGAAGCAAUGAUGUCUAGUAAAGAACAAGAGUCAAAAUACCAGGAAACUCAUCCGAAUUUAAGGCGGCUAGAUAAUUCAGACAGUGAUUUCAGCAACAUAGAUUUAGUUACUUCAGUGCAACGGGAUGCCUAUCCAAAGAAUCAACAUCUGCGAGCUUACCACCAGAAAAUUGAUAACAACUUAGAUGAGAUGUCUUCUGGGUUGAGUCGUCUGAAAAACCUAGCUCUUGGUCUGCAGACAGAAAUAGAGGAGCAAGAUGAUAUGCUGGAUCGGCUAACCAAAAAAGUAGAGACACUGGAUGUCAAUAUUAAAAGCACUGAUAAAAAAAUCCGACAACUUUAAAGAGCUUAUAGAAAUUUUUGUCCAGCAUUAGUUCUUCUUGGAUGUCUUAUCUCAACAGAUCUCUUAAAAAAAAAUCUUGGACAAUAUCUAUUAAUUUUUUUCUGGUAUGUUAUUGAUUUUGUUGCCAUUAAAAUUGCAUAACCUUAAGUGCAGCAUAAUACCUAAGUUUCUUUAUAAUGUACAUAGGAAAAGCGCACACUGAGUAAAAUCUCUCAGCACUCUAUUAAUUCUUUUGUGCUGGAUACCUUUCUCAAUUGCAUUACUGUGUGUUGUGUGCGUGAAGAAUUCGGAGUCUACAAAGCUUCAGUGUCCUUGGCCUGAAAGCUGUGAUGAGAAAAGUAACUACAUUUUGCCUCUGUUUUGGGGAGGGGUCAGGGGGAACAGAAUGUACUUCUUUGUUCAGAGCAAAUGUUGCUAAUUCUGUUUACCUACAGCUAUUUAAAAUUCUGAAAAAAUGCCGAUUUCCAGCUGUAAAAAUAAUUGUGACUGUCCUCUGGCAUUUCUGGGGCUUAAGGAACAAACUGUUCUAUGGAAGUUGUAAAUUGUUAACUAUCAAGGGUGUCAUGCAGGAAUGAUAAAAUCCUCUGCUUUUUCCCUUUCCAAAGACAACUUUUCCCAAGAGGUGGAUGAACAGUGGUGGUUAUGACUGAGUCAGUGAAUGCCAUCACCUUUAUGCUGUUAUCAGUAAAGAUCUACAGGGGUAUAUUAUGGUUUACACAAAAUCUUGAUUGACUGACAGAAACCCAAAAGGUUUGGGUAAUAUAUUGUCAUCAUCUGAUUUUUUUUUUUCUGCCCUUUCUCAGCUUAUUCAGGUAGGUGGUUAUUUGAAAGUAGUUUCCAUUUUAGAAAAGAAGAAUUGGUCUAAUACUGUGUGAACAGAUCAUAGAUCAUUCCUUAACUUAACAUUUAGUUCAAAUAAAAGUGAUUAGGGAGCGAGUAGAUGCUGUGUCUUCCUUGAUAAUGUGACUGGUUUUAAGACGCACAACUAUGAUUCGCAUACUCCUACAUUGGCUUAGCAGGUAUAAAAAGCUUCUGCAGAUUAAGAAAGGUUUAAAAAGUUUGAGUCUUCCAGAUAAAUGUUGAGCCUUCCAAUUUGUUUUAUUCUUUAUUACAGUAAGUAUCACUGUAGAAUAAAAUAAUUACAGCUCUACUCCAACCUGAAGACAUGACAGGGAGAACUAGAUGUCUGUCUUGAAAACAAAUAAGCUAUUUCAGUUUGGAGAAGGCCCCUGUCAGCAUUGCAACACUUAAAUAUCACAAAUGACAAUGAGUGACUAAGACGACGUCAUUUCUUUGAGCUGGUACCACAUUAUGUUAUGAAUUAAAUUAAAACCCUGAUGUUCAGGACUGUCAAGCUUGCAUCUUUCAUGAAUAUCACAUUCACAGUUUCUCCUUUCUUUUGUAAAAAGAAUUGUUACCUUGAGCUGACUUGCUAUAAAGUGUACCUAGUUUGUUAAGGAAGCAUAGGAAAACUGAAGCCUUUCUUGUUUUACAGUGUCUCCUGAGAGUUCACUUGUAGAAAAAUAAAUCAC